UUUAUAUGGAAGCGGUUGUAUUCACGGCGUCACAAAAAAACGUCAUAUUUACUGGCCGGAAAUCGUAGUCGGGCGUCCUGUCCGCAGAAAAGAAUGGCUGGGCUGCUGAAGAAGACGACCGGCCUGGUCGGCCUGGCAGUGUCCCACAAUCCACAUGAGCGUCUGAGGAUUCUGUACUCGAAGAUCCUGGCGUCGGUGCAGACCAUGCCACAGGACGCAGCCUACAGGAAGUACACAGAGCAGCUAGUCAACGAGAGGUUCAACCACGUCAAGAUGGAGCCUGAUGUUGAGAAGCUGGAGAAGAAGAUAAACUGUGGGCAGAUUGAAGAAGUCAUUUUCCAGGCGGAGUGUGAGCUGGCUCUGUCCAGGAAGAUGUUGGAGUGGAAACCAUGGGAGCCGCUGUUGGAGGAGCCUCCUCCCAACCAGUGGAAAUGGCCUAUCUGAAUACACCUGUGCAUACUGUCUGUGUGCUCCAUACCCCUGCUUCUAAUGAAGUACUGUACAAAUAAAAGUCAUGCAAAUAUUUC